GACGCGUUUCCCUGUGAUCGGCAGUUCUGAAUCCGUCCUCCUUUGUCUACUGUAGUCCAUCAAUCACCCGGCCCAGACGCUGCAGGGACCGGGCUCAGGCCAUGGCUCCGCCGGCGAAGAAGCGCGAGAAGUCAUCGGAAGGAAGCGGCGAGGCGGCGGAGGAGCGGCCGCGGGAGCCCGUGGCGAAGAGGCGCAGGGCGGCAGAGAAGGAGGCAGCUCCCGAGGUCGACGAGCAGCGGGAGCGGCUACGCCGCUUCGCUGUGGAGAACGGCCUGCUUUCUCACUGCCGGGCGACCACUAGUGCGCCGCUGCUUCCGUCGAAGACCGCCAUAAAGCAGGACGGCCGCGACAUCGUGAAGAAAGGCGCCCGGAAGAACCGGUUCCUCUUCGCGCUCCCCGGCCUCUUCGCUCCCAUUUCCGGUGGUAAGAUCGGCGAGCUCGCUGACCUCCACACGAAGAAGCCCGUCCUCUACAUCGAUUUCCCCCAGGGACGGAUGAAGCUGUUCGGCACUAUCAUUUACCCGAAGAACAAGUAUCUGACCUUGCAACUGGCGAAAACAUCAAAGAGCAUCUUAUGUGAAGAUUGGUUUGAGAAUAUGGUUGUGUUUUCUGAUGCCUGGUGGAUUGGGACCAAAGAAGAAAAUCCUGAGGAGCUUAAGCUCGAAUUUCCAGAAAGUUUGAAAGAGGUGAAGCACACAGAGUACGAUUUUAAAGGUGGAGUUGGUGAUACACCAAUGGAUACUUCUUGCAUGGAUAAAUCUUCUCACAAGCAUGCAGCAGCACUUUCUCCUAAACCUGAAUUGACUGAUGAUGCUUCUGAUGAUUCUCGGCCUUUGACUGCUGACACAUCAAAUGAUGUCUUGGAAGUUACACCCAUUAGACAUUCUGCUAGAACAGCUGGAAAAACUAUCACAUAUGCUGAAGCUUCUUCAGGAGAUGAAGAUGUUGACAAUGGCAGUUCCAAGGAAGGAUCUGAAUCCAAUGGAGCAUCUGCGAUAGAAGAAAAGAAACAUGAUCAACAGCCAAGAAACUCCAAGAAGGAAGUUCCUGGCUCUGUUGAUGGUGAAGAUGGUCACGGAAGAGCACAGGGUGUUCCUUCAGUUAAAGCUAAGCAGUCGCCUUUGACUGCUGAGAGAUCAAGAGGAAAUUCCAAGAGUAAACAAGGAGGAUUAGUGCAAACUACUUUAGCAACUUUAUUUGAGAAAGUGGAGAAAUCAAAGAAGAGCCCAAGAGCAUCCCCAGCAUCAAAAGGAUCUAAUUGCAAGGUACAAUCAACAAAUUCAAAGAAAAAGGCCAGCCCCAAAGGGGUUAAAGGGCCUAUCAAUUAUCAAAAUAAUCACAAAAGUACAGGAAGUGGGACUAAAGCUUCAGGGAAACAAAAACAGUCAAAGGCUUUUGAUGUUUGCGAGGAUGAUAUAGAAGAGAUAUCAAGCGAUUGAGGUAUUUUAACAAAGAUUAGCUGGGAAAAUCCUCUGGACAGAUAGCUAAGGGGGAUUAAAGACGUGACCCUUUGAAAAACAAAAUUGUAGACUGCGAUACCGUGGAGGUAGCAGGGCUUCGGGAUACAUCACGGUGGCCAGUGCAUAUAUAGCUGCUCACGCUUACGCAAAGGAUGAGCAUGUUAGUAUAACUAUCAGGAGACUGUGGCUGUACAACUCCAUGAGUCAUUUAAAGCAACUUUUAAUCUGUCGAAGCACCUGUAUGAGACGAAAGUUUUCGUUCAUGUUAUAUGUUUAUGAGAAUUGUUGUA